AUGCCACAAUAUACAAUAUUUGUAAUAGAACAUGGUGACCAACCUGCAUUCAAUUGGCCAUCAUGUUGUCCAAUUAUAUAUCACGAUAUUGAAGCAGAAUUUACCGAUGAAAGAGCAAAAAAAUUGCUACGAAGAAGUUACUUUUUAUGCAAACUAUAUAUUGCAAUGUUAGUAGUACAUUCUUGUGCAGAUAUCUCAAUUGCAGUAUUAGCAAGUAACGUGGCAAAUAUUCUAGCUGAAUUAUUAGGUUCGCUUCUUUAUUUAACAUUGUUGCCAUUCGGUGACUUUUUUGGUAGACAUUUAAGCCUUUAUGUAGCUUUCAAGUAA